CUCUAGAAGACCAACAUGCCUGAACCCGCAAAGUCCGCGCCCAAGAAGGGCUCUAAGAAAGCCGUCACCAAGUCCGCCGCCAAGCCUGGCAAGAGGAGGAGGAAGGGAAGAAAGGAGAGCUAUGCCAUCUACGUGUACAAGGUCCUGAAGCAGGUCCACCCCGACACCGGCAUCUCUUCCAAGGCCAUGAGCAUCAUGAACUCGUUCGUCAACGACAUCUUCGAGCGCAUCGCCUCCGAGGCCUCCCGCCUGGCGCACUACAACAAGCGCUCCACCAUCACGUCCAGGGAGAUUCAGACCGCCGUGCGCCUACUGCUCCCCGGUGAGCUGGCUAAGCACGCAGUAUCCGAGGGUACUAAGGCUGUCACGAAAUACACCAGCUCCAAGUAAACGCGAGGCCGCCAAGCC